AUGUCAAGUCUCUUAGCUGCCGUGAAAGGGCCUUUGCUCUCCGGUAACAGAGAUCUGCCUGUCAUGGCGAUCAAGACUGCAGUACCUUCACUCCAUAAUUGGGAUGGAGUAAGAGUAUUUGUCAGCAUCAUUGUCGAUGAGUUGGCUAAAAUGGGAGUCCUGCGUCUUGAACUCGUGGUCAAUUUUGCGACAUUAGUAUAUACUCUCGUCAAGGCGGUCCCUACGACCGCACGAGAUAUUGUCCAAGAGCUACUUGUUCCGGAACGUUCUCGUUUCGUUGCGGCCGAAACGGCGGUGAUCGGAAUUAUGGAUAUUUUACCGAGAGAGGCCAGGCAGAUGGCUGUGGCUAGCCGCAAUCCUCGGGUGAAGGUUGCUGCUCUAGCGAGCGAGGGGGAUGAUAGCAGUGGGUGGUCGAGUGUGUUUGUGACGUUGCGCAAGACGUUGGUUUUUGGGAUGAGCGAAGAAAGGGCGCGGGGUUUGGACCUGGCUAGGGCAAUUGUUAGAGACGCAGAUCCUGAAGUCGUAGGCGAAUUGCUUUCUAUCAUGGAAAACUCAAUAUCGGGUGACUUAGGAGAUGAGCUGGCUGUUGGGUUCUUGGAGAUUGUUACAGCAGCAAUUCUUCGUGGCAUAGUGUCAGCGGAAGACGCGUCGCGGACUUUAGAGAGGCGCAUUGAGAAGCACUGUCCAUCAGAAAUGGUGAAGGAAGUCCUCGAUGAAAGUGAUGGCACAGGUCAGGCGAGAGGCCGGCAAACUUUGCACAUUGAUGUAGGCUUAAUCUGGGAUCAUGACCCGGCUGCGGUUGCUGUGGUUGUCUCAUCUGCGGCAUCUUUGAUGCUGGCGAGCAGGGACGUAGUAUCGUCGGAGGGAAUAUCUAUGGGGUUGUUAAACGUUCUUUGCCUCGUUCCUGUUGUUUGCAUCCCACUGUAUACUGCCGUAGAAGACUGUGCAAUGGAGUUUGAUACUACGUUUUCCGCUGCGAAAAGCUCUCGCGGAGCUAAGCCGAGAACGAAGGACAUUCCACCUGCAAUUCUCGAGACAAGUAAUCGUGAUCUUGCUACGGCGAUAUCGUCACUUGCUGUAGCCAUGUCGGCGAUAAUUGGCAUCCUCAACACUUCGUGCUCUUCGCUGGUUUCUUGCCAAAGAGUUUUAGACAGCCGGCGACAUCGCCCUGCUCUGCGAAAUGCAACAGAUCAACGGGUUGUCUGGCAUGUUCUGGAGCGAUUAAUGGAAUUCGAUCGAAUGUUCAAUGCCUUGCUUCUUGGUUAUGAAGUUUUGCAAAUGAAAUGUGCGAAUUGGAAGAAAAUCAGGCGAAACGGAAAGCCAAAAGCCGUUCCGAAUGAGGAGAGUGGCAGUGAUAGUGCAAGCACAGCUUUUGGCAAAGCUCGCGCCAUCCGAAGUGCUGUUUUGACAGGAAUCGGCACAUCCAUAGGAGUUACAAGGGAUAGUCUAGAGGACAUGAGCCAUCUCAAUGCCAAGUACCCACGUUUAUCGUUACAAGCAGUGCUUUUCUCUCUCGUAGCUGUCCCCGAUGAGGAAGGGAUCGCCGACAUCGGGAAUCUUGUAGCUCGCAAACAGACACGGGAUACUGAAUUAGUGAGAAUUGAUAAGCUUCUCCUUCGGCAAUUACUAUGUCUGAUGAUCGGUCGCGCAAUGGGGAAGCGUGGUGGGAGAGGGAAGAGAGAAGCGGAAGCGAAAAUGUCCAGGAAUCCUGGCGCCGGAAGCGGCAUGGAAAGCGAUAAUCUGAAUAGCCUGAAAAGAAUUCAACAAGCAAUCAAUGAAGUUUCGGCGCUUACUUCCAACUUCCCGUACAUUAACAUGGAUAUUGACAAGCAUGAAAACUUAUUUGUGUUUGAGAACGAGGACUUCUCUGAUGAAGAGAAUGACGAAGAAGAGGAAAAUGAUAUUGCCGUCAUUCGAUGGGUUUGUCCCACACAAGAAGAAAGUACUCGGUGCGCCGAGUUCGUCAGGUCAUCCACGAACCUAGCAACUCAAAACCAAUGGGGAUCACCAAAGCAUCACAUUGGAAUCUGUGCAGAAGUUCUACAUUCACCAGCCUUUGCCUCAUUUCUGCUUGAUCGGGCUGCGACUUAUGUUGCGGUUGCCAGGAGCGGUAGAGGAACAGGGGUGGAAGACAGUUAUCUUUCAAACGUAGUGACAGUUGCUGGUUUUGCGCUGGGGUGUCUGAAUGCGCUGCUGCGAGUCCUUCCGUCCUGUGCUCUCUCAGGGUCUUAUCCGCGCAGUUCUGAAUGGUGUUUGAAUGCCUCUGUGGGGAAGGACGUCAAAGCGUUUUUCGAAGGCAUGGACAGACACCUAAUCACAGGUGUCCCGGAAGUCACUGAAGAUAUUUUAAAAGACUGGUUUAAAGCCUCAGGCGGGUGCGGACAAAGGGUCAUACGGACGAUAUGUUGGAUUUCUGAGAACUCAAUCGACGCUGCUGUUUCCGCUCUGGCUCUCGAAUCCCUGCUUAUAGUUGCUGAACUUGGCUGCUUCCGCCCUGGACUUGCGAGGAACUCAAUUUUAUCUUCUCUUGCAACUGUUUAUGAGUAUGACAGCGACUAUUUAUGGUCCUCAGACGACUUAUCCAUUCUCUUUCAAGAGCCAUAUGGUGAAUGGAGUCUACGGCGGCGAGGCGAUCCGAGUACGACAAUGGCAUUCAUAGCAGAAAGCGCUGCAUCGACAUCGGAGCCUGCUCCUUGGGUGAUUCCGCUUUCGAAAGGUUUGAAGAAGCAGAAAAAAAUGAACCGAUACCGGUUACAUAUGUUCUUUGAAGCGAUGAACGUUUCAAAUGCAUUACUUGAGGCUUCUGGCUGGAUCAGAGAAAUCGCGAUCGCAAUGCUAUGCACGAACGAUGAUGAAAAAGAUACCCCUUCAUCCACCGGGAAGGUUUCAUUUUAUGCCGAAAUGGGAAUGGAUGUGGUAGACUCGAGAGUCUCGUCAAGACAUGAUUCAAGUAGAUGCACCACCUUACUAGAAACGACCGGCUUCACCGAGGUCAUGGCGACUCUUUUGCAAUUGGUGCAGACCAGUCUACACUCGUUAGCCUUACCUGAGGGAUUUAACAUAGAUGAUGCGCUGUCUUUCAGGUCAAAUCCUGUAGCUCAGUGGCAGUCCGCAGUCAGCAUUCUUUGCGGUAUUCUUCGCCUCAACAUCAUGUGCCGUGAGUCGUUGAGCACACGUGAUGAUGCAGGUGAGGUGGAUGAUGGACCCUCAGGGCCUGACCAUGACUUUGACCACUACAUCAUCAGUUCUGCCUCUUCUGUAAUGCAAUUGGUCUGCACCAGGUUGGCUGAGCUUCAUGCGUGGUGCUUGGACGCCGACUACGUGACAGACAUCCCAAAAUUGUCAGACGCCGUCAUUGAAGGGUUCGAGAAGUUUGUUGGGAGCGCAGCACUGGCAGUGAGCUAUUGUUCGGACCUCUGUGGACAACUGAAGUGCGAGUACUCCUCUUUUGCUACCAGAUCCACUGAUGGUGCUAAAGAGAGAAUUCCAUCCAAACGCAAGACUUUCGGAGAGGAGCAUGUCUCGAGGGCGAGGAGAAUUAUUCCUCGGUUAAGUUCACAGUGUGAUUCCGUAACAAGGGAAACGAGCAAGUUGGCAAAUUUGAUGGGCUUUCGGACCAAAAAGGCGCUCUUCAAGCUGGCCCCGCCGCCACUUGAAGACGAUCCGGGAUUAUGUUUUGGCGUUGGCCUCGACCUCAAGGAUGGUGGUGACAUAGACUGCGAAGACGUAGACGUCAAGAUUGGAAACGUGGACACCUCGACAUCUGAUAUAUGUAACACGAAAAUAGUGAAAUCUGCGGCCACUGAUGGAGACGUAACUAUGCAUACACACGGAGCUGCGAACGAGAUUGUGACAGGACCGCAAGCAAAGCCUGUUACUAUUCGUUUUAAGUGA